AUGAGCGAGCAUCUCAACGUCCUCAUCUCGACCUUCAAGGGUCUUGGCCUUCCGCCAACCCUGGUCUUGCGCGCGCCUCCAUCUACCACAAUCACCUGCCUACGAGACCUCAUCGAUGAGAAGAUACCUACCGGCGCCACCGAAUCCAAAUUCAUCCUCACAACACACUCAAAUCGGCUGUUGCCCCAAACAUCAGAAUCGCCAAUCUCCACAUACCUAUCCUCAAAUAACGAUGAUUUCAUCAACCUGCGCCUCACCAUUCCCCUCUGCGGUGGAAAGGGUGGUUUCGGAUCUCAGCUCCGAGCUGCCGGUGGCCGAAUGUCAUCCCGCAAGAAGCAAAAGCAAGACGAUAGCGGCUCAAGCCGAAACUUGGACGGUAGACGACUGCGCACUGUUAAUGAAGCCAAAGCUCUUGCCGAAUAUCUCGCCAUCAAACCGGAAAUGGAGCAAAAGGAGAGGGAGAGGCGACGCCAGCGCUGGGAAGAGAUUGUGGAUAUGGCAGAAAAGAGAGAGGCAGAGAUCAAGUCUGGCGGCAGGGGUAAGCUGGACGGCCAGUGGGUUGAAGACAAAGAAGAGAGCAACGAGAGAACUCGUGAUGCCGUGCUGGCUGCCAUGAAGUCUGGAAACUACAAGGAUAACUUAAUCAGCACAUCUCACGGCUCUGCUUCUUCUGAGCAAACCAAUGGCCAAUCUGCCAGCGAGGCAGAAGAUUCCGAGAGCUCAAAGGAAGCUACUCCUCCUGCAGAAGCUGCUGGACCUUCCAAGGCGAAACCAAGAACGUUUUUCGGAUUCGAUGACGAUGAAUUCAUGAGCUCUGAUUCGGAGGACGAGAGCGAGAAGAAGUCUUCAUAA